CUCUUCCUUCCUCCCUAUCUUUCUCUUUCUCUUCCCUACAAACUUCUUCCUUUUAUCACGAUCCCCUCGUCUAUUGCGUCUCUUCAUAAACAUUACGGUGCUGCAUCUCACAUCAUGACCGGCUUCACUGACGCUGAUAUUCAAUGUGUAAACAACAUUCGAGUCCUCGCUGCUGAUGUCGUUGCAAAGGCAAACUCUGGUCAUCCCGGUGCUCCCAUGGGGAUGGCCCCCGUCGCUCAUGUCCUCUGGACCAAAUUCCUAAAAUUCAACUCCAAAAACUCGGGAUGGUGGAACCGUGACCGCUUUGUGCUCUCAAACGGUCAUGCGUGCGCUCUCCAAUACAUCAUGCUGCACCUCUGCGGCUACAAGCUGUCCAUGGAUGACCUCAAGUCGUUCCGUCAGCUCGGCUCUAUUACCCCCGGUCACCCAGAGGCCCAUAUGACUGAUGGUAUCGAGGUCACAACCGGUCCUCUCGGACAGGGUAUCUGCAACGCUGUCGGUAUGGCCAUCGCUCAAGCCCACCUGGCCGCAGUGUUCAACAAGGAUGGCUUCCCCAUCGUCGACAACAAGAUCUAUGCAUUCCUGGGAGAUGGUUGUCUGCAGGAAGGUGUUUCUUCUGAAGCCAUGUCACUUGCCGGUCAUCUCCAACUGGGCAACCUCAUCGCUGUCUACGACAACAACAAGAUCACUAUUGACGGUGACACUGCCGUCUCUUUCACCGAAGACGUGGAGGCCCGUGUCAAAUCCUACGGGUGGAAUGUUCUUCACGUUGAGAACGGUGACUCCGACUUUGCUGCCAUCGAAGCCGCCAUCGCCGAGGCAAAGACGAGUGUCUCGGCUCCCACUCUGAUCAAUCUUAAGACCAUCAUUGGAUUCGGAUCCAAGCAACAGGGUACCCAUGGUGUACACGGAUCUCCACUCAAGGCCGAUGAUAUCGCCCACCUGAAAACGACUUUUGGCUUUGACCCCGAAGCCAAAUUUCAGAUCCUUCAAAGUACCACCGAUUUGUACAAGGCUGUUAUCGACAAAGGCGCCAAAGCGGAAGCCGAGUGGAACGAAUUGUUGGAAAAAUACAAGCAACAGUAUCCCAAAGAGGCCUCCGAGCUCGUCCGUCGCUUUGAAGGCCGUCUGCCAGACGGCUGGGAGAAAGCCUUGCCCACCUACUCGCCAUCCGAUCCCGCCGUCGCCAGUCGAAAGCUGUCAGAAACUGUCCUCACCAAACUGGCCGCCGCUCUUCCAGAGCUCAUUGGGGGUUCCGCCGAUCUAACGGGCUCGAACUUGACUAGAUGGAAAGACGCCGAAGACUUUCAACCCCCCUCCACCGGUCUUGGCUCAUAUGCUGGAAGAUACUUCCGUUUCGGUGUCAGGGAACAUGGUAUGGUGGCCAUCUGCAACGGCUUGGCAGCAUAUGGAGGUGUCAUUCCCUUCAACGCUACAUUCCUCAACUUUGUGUCAUACGCCGCUGGAGCCGUUCGUCUCGCCGCUCUCUCUCACUUCCGAAUGAUAUGCGUCGCGACCCACGAUUCUAUCGGUCUGGGUGAAGACGGACCCACUCACCAACCGGUUGAGACUGCUGCCUGGCUCCGUGCCAUGCCCAAUCUGGCCUUCUGGAGACCCGCCGAUGGUAACGAAACAUCUGCCGCUUACAUGGUGGCCCUGCUUUCGACAGGUACUCCAUCUGUCAUGGCGUUGUCGCGUCAAAACCUGCCUCAACUGGAGGGAUCCACCAUCCAGAAAGCGACCAAGGGUGCAUACGUGCUGGAGGAAGUUGAGAAUGCCGAUCUGACAAUCGUCUCCACCGGAUCCGAGGUCGGACUCUGUGUUGCGGCGAUCCAGAAGCUCAAGAGCAAGGGCCUCAAAGUCCGCAUGGUCAGCAUGCCCUGCGUCGACGUCUUUUUGGCCCAAGACAAGGCUUACAAGCUGAGCGUCCUCCCAUCCGGAAACCCCGUCUUGUCGGUUGAAGCUUACUCAACCUAUGGGUGGGGCAACGUGAGUCACGAGCACUUUGGUCUGAAAGCAUGGGGAGCUUCCGGUCCGUACGACCAGGUGUACGAGAAGUUUGGUUUGACACCGGAUGGGAUCGCAGAGCGUGCCGAAAAGGUGGCAGCGUUUUACAAGAACCGCGGUCAGCAUGUGGUGUCGCCAUUGAUCUCUGCCUUGGAUGACAUUUCCGACUAGGUGUCUGCUGUCGAGCUGUCGGGCUCUUGAUCUGGUUCGACAGAGUGGAUACGGGGGAGAGGGAGAGAGAUGCCAUCUGGAUGCAUUCGCCGUGUCGAUUGUGGAGCUGAUGUCUGAUCGUCUAAUAAUGUAGGAGAGUACGCUGCG